AUCACAGCGCUGGGAUGGGGAGUGGGCACAUGCUCAGACACCAGCCAGGCCUGUCCCUGGAAGCCCCCUCACUCUGCGCCCUAUGUCUCCAGCUGGCAUGCUGUCAUCGUGGAUGGACACAGUGUGGAGGAGCUGUGUAAGGCCUUUGGGCAGGCCAAGCACCAGCCGACAGCCAUCAUUGCCAAGACCUUCAAGGGUCGAGGAAUUACGGGGGUAGAAGAUAAAGAGUCUUGGCAUGGAAAGCCCCUCCCCAAAAACAUGGCUGAACAGACCAUCCAGGAGAUCUACAGCUUGAUCCAAAGCAAAAAGAAGAUCUUGGCGACACCCCCUCAGGAGGAUGCCCCCUCGGUGGACAUCGCCAAUAUCCGCAUGCCCACCCCACCCAGCUACAAAGUUGGGGACAAGAUAGCCACCCGUAAGGCCUACGGGCAGGCCCUGGCCAAGCUGGGCCAUGCCAGCGACCGCGUCAUUGCCCUGGAUGGGGACACCAAGAAUUCCACCUUCUCGGAGCUCUUCAAAAAGGAACACCCAGACCGCUUCAUCGAGUGCUACAUUGCUGAGCAGAACAUGGUGAGCAUUGCCGUGGGCUGCGCCACGCGCAAUAGGACGGUGCCCUUCUGCAGCACGUUCGCGGCUUUCUACACACGGGCUUUUGAUCAGAUUCGCAUGGCGGCCAUCUCCGAGAGCAACAUCAACCUCUGCGGCUCCCACUGCGGCGUGUCCAUUGGGGAAGAUGGGCCCUCUCAGAUGGCCCUGGAGGAUCUGGCCAUGUUUCGGUCUGUUCCCAUGUGCACUGUCUUUUACCCAAGUGAUGGAAUUGCUACAGAGAAGGCGGUGGAACUAGCAGCCAAUACAAAGGGCAUCUGCUUCAUCCGGACCAGCCGUCCAGAAAAUGCCAUCAUCUAUAACAACAAUGAGGAUUUCCAGGUCGGGCAAGCCAAGGUGGUCUUGAAAAGCAAGGAUGACCAGGUGACUGUGAUCGGGGCCGGGGUAACCCUGCAUGAAGCUUUGGCUGCUGCUGAGCUGCUGAAGAAAGAAAAGAUCAGCAUCCGAGUACUGGACCUGUUCACCAUCAAGCCCCUAGACAGAAAGCUCAUUCUUGACAGUGCUCGUGCCACCAAGGGCAGGAUCCUUACGGUGGAGGACCACUAUAAAGAAGGUGGCAUAGGCGAGGCAGUGUCCGCUGCAGUCGUGGGUGAGCCUGGCGUCACUGUCACCCGCCUUGCUGUUAACAAUGUACCAAGAAGCGGGAAGCCAGCCGAGCUGCUGAAGAUGUUUGGUAUUGACAAGGAUGCCAUUGUACAAGCUGUGAAGGGCCUGGUCAGCAAGGCCUAGGGAAGCCCAGGGAGCAAGGGGUGGGGGUCCUACACAUUCCUGAGAGAAUCUGGCAAAGGUGCUUAAAGAUGUACUGAGAAGAAGAGGUGAAUAUAUGUUUUGAGAAAAAUGAA